AUCAAACAUUCCGCUACUACUAUUUUGUAGACGCAUGAUAGUUCCUAAUUCUCGAUGUGGUUUGAUAUUGGGGGUCAUUGCUACUACUAAAUUGGUGCGUCGCAACAUGCCGUGAUAGGUAUGUAGUCCGUCAUCGAAGAUGUCGCUAAUAAUAUCCCCAAGCUAUUUAGCUUGAGGUACCGAUCCGCUGGUCCAUCUAUCUGUAAGUCGGAUAUCGGAAACAGGGAUGUUUAUAGUGGCAGAGUGGACGGUAACAUCCCAGUGGGAUAUGGGGCUACCAUCCCACCGUGUUGGGAAAGGGGGGGUCAAUUAGACGUCCACUACAGCUUCCGUCUCUCACAUUAUUAUUUAUAUGUGGAAUGAACAGGUCAAGCAAUCACGAAGACACUCAUUUCUCCACUCACUUUGCCUUUUGAACUAAAACUUCCUUAACUUGCCCUCUUCGACCGUACCCACAGUAUCAUUCACCAUGGCUUUCACGAGAUAUAACCUCGAGACUGGAUGGCUUUUCAGGCAAAUCGAUAACGAUCCUCUGUAUCCCGAAAAAUGGCUGAAAGUGCCAAAAGUCCCAAGUCAGGUUCAUAUAGACCUGCUUGCUAACGGGAGAAUCCCAGAUCCGUUCAUCGAUCUCAAUGAACUAGCGGUACAAUGGAUUAACGAGAAAGAUUGGGUGUAUAGAGUUCAUUUCAAGAGGCCCGUGGGCCCAAAAACCGCUAAAAAAGUCAUCGGAGACUUGGUAUUUGAGGGGUUGGACACAUUUGCGUCCGUGUCCCUCAAUGGAACCGAGAUUCUGAAGUCAGAUAACAUGUUCUUGAGUCAUCGAGUCGACGUUUCAAAGCAUCUUAUGGAUGACAACAUUCUCGAAAUCAGAUUUGACUCAGCUAUGUUACUAGGCCGGGAGUUGGUAAAGAAACACAGCCAUGAACACACAUUCUAUGUGCGACAAACGGAAGUCAGUCGAGUUCCUGUGAGAAAAGCUCAAUACAAUUGGGGUUGGGAUUGGGGCCCAAUUUUGAUGACAGCUGGACCCUGGCGACCUAUUUACCUCGACCAGUAUGUUUCGAGAAUCGACGAUGUCUGGGUUCAUUACGAGCUCAGCGAGGACCUGAAGACAUGCUCGGGGCAAAUCUUCGCGACUGUUGCGGGCCGGACCUCUAAGCCUAUAACGCUUUCUAUCUCCCUGGGAGGAAAAAUUCUCUGGAUGAAGGACUUACUAGUCAAAGCUAAUGGUUUAGUCAAAUCAGAUUUCCAGAUUGAUAAUCCGAAGCUGUGGUAUCCACAUGGCUAUGGGCCGCAAACUCGAUAUAAGUUAGGGGCAACUUUACCUUCGUCGGACUAUAAGUUAAAAUUAAUUGGUUUCCGUCGAAGUGAAUUGAUUCAGGAGAAGGACGAAUUCGGUAAAUCGUUCUAUUUCCGUAUUAACGGGAUUGAUAUUUUCUCGGGGGGGUCGUGUUGGAUCCCUGCCGACAGCUUCCUUUCACAGAUCACCGCAGAUCGAUAUCACGAGUGGAUAGAGCUUAUGGUUGAGGGGGAUCAGAAUAUGCUCAGAAUAUGGGGCGGUGGGAUUUACGAAGAUGACGCUCUUUUUGAUGCUUGCGAUGAAUUGGGGAUACUCGUCUGGCAUGACUUCCAAUUCGCAUGCGCAAGUUACCCCACAUACCCUUCCUAUCUGGAAUCCGUCGAGAAAGAGGCAAGGCAGAAUCUACGACGGCUUAGGCAUCACCCAUCCAUAGUAAUAUGGGCCGGGAAUAAUGAGGAUUAUCAAGUACAAGAGCGUUAUCAUCUUGACUAUGACUAUGAAGGCGACAAAGACCCUCAAUCAUGGCUGAAGUCAAGUUUCCCGGCUCGAUACACAUACGAAUACCUGUUACCAAAGAUCGUCAAAGAAGAGGACCCUUCCAUGACCUAUCAUCCAAGUAGUCCAUGGGGAGACGGGAAGCAUACCACAGACAAAACAGUAGGAGAUAUUCACCAAUGGAAUAUCUGGCAUGGAAAUAUGAACAGAUAUCAAGAGACCCAUCUACUAUCCGGGCGAUUCAUCAGUGAAUUUGGUAUGGAGGCUUAUCCGCAUCUCGAAACGACCCGUGGGAUGAUCCGAGACCCCCACCAACAGCAGCCAGGAUCAAUGAUGAUGGAUUUUCGCAACAAGGCUAUCGACCACGAGCGUCGUAUGAUUACAUACAUCACGGAGAACUUCCAAGUGAAAUAUGAUCUUCCAUCUUAUACGCACCUCACGCAAGUGGUUCAAGCAGAGACGAUGCAUUUCGCUUACAAGACAUGGCGUCGGGAAUGGGGAAAACCCGGGGCGCGCAAAUGCGGAGGCGUGCUAGUCUGGCAAUUGAAUGAUUGUUGGCCGACGAUGAGUUGGGCUGUAGUCGACUAUUAUCUUGUUAAGAAACCUGCGUUCUACGCUAUUGCGAACGCGUUGAAACCAUUGGCUGUGGGCGUAUCACGACCUUAUCAUGAGUGGACAACUGGACAUGCUGAUCCCACCGAGCUGGUCAAGGACACCAAAUUUGAUCUAUGGAUUGCCAGUAGCAGGAGAAACCCCGCCACAGUCCUUGUAACAGUGCGCUUCAUUUCAAUCCGGACGGGUCAGGAUGUGAAAGAACCUUUGAAGUUGACAGAGACGUUGGCGGAGCCGAACAGCACAACAGAAGUAAUACAAAACCUCAUUGUUUCAAGGGAUGACUCGCAUUGCAAGGAUACCACCAAACCUUUCGACCUAACGAAAUACGAUCCAUUCGUAAUACACGCGACCAUCAAGGAAGGAGAUCAGGUUGUCUCAACCGACAGCGCCUGGCCACAGCCUUUGAAAUACUUAGAUUUUUCCAAUCGUGAGGUACGCUUCAAGACAUUGUCUGCCAACAAAAUAGCUAUUUCUGUAGCUCGUCCGGUGAAGAGCUUCGUUUUUGAGGAAACUAAGAAGACGAAGUUGAGCGAUAAUGGCUUCGACCUUUUCCCAGGUGAGGAGAAGAUCGUGGAUGUUAAGGGCGUGGAAUUGAAGUCUUUACGAUACACGUACAUUGGAGCGUCGGAGGGGUCGUUAGAAGUAUCCCUAUGAUCUGGAGCAUUGAAAUGGCCGAUAUUGAGAAUUGGACUAUGGACUUAAUUCUGUGAUUAUAUUGUUACUUGUCGCGUAAUGCUAUUAUAAUUCUCAUCUUUAUCAUAUUGAUAGCGCAGCGAGUAUUCAGCUAAACCAAUAUCUAGGUAGGUACCUAGGCACCUAAAACUCAUGUUUUUAUAGUGACUCGGGCGCUAAGUUGCGACGAGCUCUAGGGCACACCCCGCUAUAAAUGUAGUGGCGAGAACGACGAAAGCUCAUAUUAGUGGUGUCGCUGGGC